GCUGGGAGGUUGGGAUUUCUUUGACGUAGCAGCCAGCAUCCCUCUUUAUAAAGCUGAGCUCUGCUCUUCCAUCCCACACUCUGAGCUUUGUGUGAUUGUGGAGGCUGGGCUGAAUAGUAAAGCAGCUACAAGGCUUGCAGGGAGUCGGCUUGCUGCUUCAUAACGAGCUGCUAACCCCACUUCUGCAUGUCUCCUGCACACUGUCUCCUUUGAAUCAAUAGAGCUGAGCAGAGAUCAGGGCUGCGUAAUGGGUUCAGCACCAUGGACAACGCUGGACUGAUGCUAGGGUUUUCUGUUCAGGUUUGAAUCGAUCACAAGUCUGGGAGGCUGAGAUCAUGUCUGUGCAGAGGAUGAGCAUGAAUCGUGUCCAAAGUUUGUGCCAGGAUGCAGACUGUGCCAAGACUGAAUGGGUCAUAGGAACCUGGAGAACCUUACACCGGUGCUGGUGACUGAUGUGUUGAUGCUCAAGAGCUGAAUGGAGAUUUUCAUGGGCAUGGACCUAUUUGCAGUUUCAUCUGGGUAAGUUCUCAUGUUACCAGACCUGAGGAUGGAAUGGAACAUCACUGUCACAGCUAAUGGGAGCUCAGGGUCAGAUCAUCUGAGCAAGCAUCGCAUAUCUGUCUUCAGCGUCCUCAUUUUAACUCUACUGGCUAUGUUGGUAAUUGCCACCUUCCUAUGGAAUGUAUUAGUGCUGGUGACUAUACUGAGGGUGAGGACUUUUCACCGGGUUCCUCAUAAUCUAGUGGCUUCCAUGGCAAUAUCGGAUGUGAUGGUGGCCGCUUUGGUAAUGCCCCUUAGUUUGGUCCAUGAGCUGAAUGACCGGCGGUGGAGACUGGGAAGGGUGCUCUGUCACAUCUGGAUCUCAUUUGAUGUCCUGUGUUGCACAGCGAGCAUCUGGAAUGUGACAGCUAUUGCCCUGGACAGGUACUGGUCCAUCACCAGACACUUGGAAUACACUCUAAAGACCAGGAAAAGGAUAUCUAACAUUAUGAUCCUGCUGACUUGGCUGUUAUCUGCUGUCAUCUCCCUGUCUCCUCUGUUUGGAUGGGGAGAGACAUUUUCAGAGGUGAAUAAGGAGUGUAAGGUUAGCCAGGAACCGUCUUACACAAUCUUCUCCACCUUUGGAGCUUUUUACCUUCCCCUGUGUGUGGUUCUUUUUGUGUACUGGAAAAUCUACAAAGCUGCCAAAUUCAGAAUCGGGUCAAAGAAAACAAACACAAUUACACCCAUGCCAGAAGUGAUUGAGGUCAAAGAAGCAUCCAACCAGCCUCAGAUGGUCUUCACAGUCCGCCAUGCCACUGUCACUUUCCAGACAGAUGGGGACACAUGGAGGGAGCAGAAGGAGAAGAGAGCAGCCCUCAUGGUGGGCAUCCUUAUUGGGGUCUUUGUUCUCUGCUGGAUUCCUUUCUUUAUCACAGAACUUAUUAACCCUCUAUGUUCCUGUGACAUUCCUCCUAUCUGGAAAAGUAUUUUCUUAUGGCUGGGCUAUUCUAAUUCUUUUUUCAAUCCGUUGAUCUACACUGCCUUUAAUAAAAAUUAUAACAAUGCAUUUAGAAACUUGUUCUCAAGACAACGGUGAUAAACCUUUCCGAAGUCUAAAUUGCCAAGCAUGCAUUAAUGACUUUAUUUUCAUCCAAGAACCCUUGUCUGACAGCAGUUCCCACUAGGGACUAAAACGCUUUAUUUCUGGAAUCCAAGAGAAUUACUAUACAAUCUGCUGGAAUGAAAAAAGUCUGACAAGGAAAGAAAUAAAAUAAUAAUUUCAUUAUUUAAGAUCAGUUUAGAUUUCUAAUACAUGUGUGAAAAGAGCAGCAUACGGGUCACCUGCUCAUUACAGCUGAUUAAAUUGAAUUUUACAUACAAAAAUCCUUGAUAAGCGAUACCAAAGGUGAUGAUUAUUAGAUUCUAUUUGUAAAAGCUAGUAUGGUCAUUUUUAGUAUGUUGAAGAAGAGCUCCAAAUAAUUGUAAAAGCACCCCCAAAGAAAUCAGAUAUUACUUAUCUUUAUUAGCUGUCACUACCCCCUGCUAAAAUUGCAAUGUGAUGUGAAUGGUUCUACCCGUUGUAUAGGCAGUUGCAACAUUUUUCAGACUGGGAAUUAUAAACACGUGCAAUGGCAGAGAAAUGACAGAGCAGAAGUGAAUGUUAUAAUAUCUUAUUUGCAAUAUGUCCAGUCAGCAGCUGAAGCUGCUCUAUUUAUACUCUGUUCUAGCAUUCUCUAGCACAGGAGGAAAAGCUAUACGAGUAUAAGAGAUUGUCCAGAAUAGCAUACAAGACCCAGAAAAAAGUGUGAU